AUUUCAUUAAAUAAGAGACGCGCAGUGCGAAAACACGUAAAUUCUCGCCUAAAAUAAAUUAAAAAAUCAGAACUCGGAUCUCUAACAAUGUCUGAUAAACGCCGUGCCACGAGAUACGGUGCCUUUUUCGAGUCUGCAGACAAAGUGGCGUCAUCAAAAACGGAAAAACCACGCAAAAGCCCGUCGCGCAACGAAGCUGCAAUGAAGCGUGAGCAAAGCGCGUCUCCCGUAAAGAAAACAUCAAAAUCUCGUCCCGCAUCAAAGUCUCCCGCACGUUCCCGGGGCAGACCAAAGUCGAAAUCGCCUGCGCGUGUCGUGAAAAAAGAAACGAAGAAGCCCGUGAAGAAGGAAGUCGAAGAAGUUGACGAGAAAAAAGCUGCGAAAAAGAAGGAAAAAACCCCGAAUGUCGUAAUUGAGAAACUCAAGACGACAAAAACGUCGAAAGACGAGAAGAAAAGCCCCAAAAGUGCUGAAAAAAAGGAAAAAACUAAGACAAGUCCGAAAGUAACGCGAAGAUCUCCCGCUCGUUCGGCGAAAUUAACUGCUAAAUCCGCCAUCGACAGUGAUCCCGAUUUCAGUCCGCGUCCCGUACGCAAGACGAGAAAAGAUGCUGCUGCGGAACUCCGUAAAUCCGCAAGUGUCAGUCAAAGUCGCAGCGUUGUCGAUGCCAGUCCUGAAUAUUCCGACACUGACGACGUCGAAUUAACCUUCAAACGUCGUCCUGUCUCCAAAUUGGAUGAAUUUAAGGAAUUCGGAGGACAAUGGGGAUGUCUCUUGAUGCUUUUGCUCUUGCCACUCGUCACUUACGGGCUCCAUUAUUACUGCAACGGACGCACUUGCAGUUUCCGCAAGCCAAACUUGAAUGAUUUCAAGCAACUCAGCACUUACUACAACCUGGAUUUGCUCAAAUUCGUCUUGCCAUUCUUCUUGGGUGUCUUUACGCUCAACAUGUUCCCGCUCGGGCGUGUCAUCAAGGUACACACGGAUCGCGGAUACUCCGAAUAUACCUUCAACGGCUUGACUUUGGCAGUUUUAUCGGGUGUUGCAGUCGUUGUUGCCGAAUAUUUCAAGUACAAUGUCGUCGAUACCGUUUUGCGGAACUACAAUCAACUGGUGCUCCUGUAUUUGGUAAAUGCUUUGGUUCAAUCCGUUUUUGCUUACGUACGUUCGUCGUAUGUCGCCCAAACGCACUGGAAUCCCUUUGCCAAAACCGGAAAUUUCCUCUGCGAUUUCUUCGUGGGACGCGAAAUUAACCCCAAAUGGUUCUCGUUGGUCGAUGUCAAGCUCGUGCAUUAUCAUCUCUCCGUUAUCACGACAUUGCUGCUUAACUGCUUCUUCUUGUACAAGAAUGUAAAGUUCCCCGUACUCGAAACCGAGCUGGAAUUGAAGAUGCACGAAAAGGCAUUGUAUUUGCUCCAAAGUGCGAAAUUCGACGUAGCGCCAUUGGUUUUGUCAUUACUCGUCGUUGUCUAUUGCUUGGAUUUGUUGGUGUUUGAACAUCAUUUAUCGAAGACAUUUGAACUGCAAUAUGAGGGCGUUGGAGCAGGAUGUUUGUUGAGAUAUGCAGUUUUCCCGUUUUUGACAUCUUUUGUCGCCAAAUACGUUUUCGACUUCAAAGUCAAGUUGGAUUGCUGGGUUUUGUGUGUGCUUGGAACUGUAUUUUUAUUGGCUUUGGUCACGAAACGCUUGGCGAACAAGACAAAGAACGACUUCAGAUGGAAUCCUUCGAAAUCAUUGAAAGUUAAAUCGAUCCCAACUUUCCAAGGCUCCCGCUUGUUAGUCGACGGAUUAUGGAAGACGGUACGUCAACCCAACUACACUGCUGACGUUUUGUGCUACUUGUCACUCCUUUUGGUCGUUCUUGGGCGCUUUGCAUGGCCCCCAGUUGUUGCCGUUGUCUUUUCCGUUGCACUUUUGGUGCAUCGCGCCCUCCGUUUGGAUGCCCGACACGCCAACAGAUACGACUCGGCAUGGCAACGAUACUGUACGGAAGUGAAAAAUCUUCUUGUACCAUACGUCUUCUAAGAUUUUUUUUGCGACUUUCUCUCUAAUUUUUUUACACAUUUCAUUGACGACGCACAUAUUUUAAACUCGGAUAGUUUAUAAAAAAAAUUUAUACAUAAUUUCCUGUAAAUAAUCAAAAUUUAUUUGAUUUUUAAUUAUAAUCAGUAGCUUUAAGAAAUUUUUUUUAAGCCUGGACAAAAAAAGAACAUAAGACAUGAUGGAAAAUUUUUAGAUUUAAUUUAAAUUUUAGUUGCAAAAUACAUAUAAUUUUGUACAAAACAAGAGAUGACGAACGUACAAAGAGUAAAAAGACUCAUUCAGUAACUUUCUUUAAAAAAAAACACUCACCUUUCAGUUAACAAAAAUAUUCUAAAUACAAAGAAUUGGUGCCACACAUCAGUAGUGCUAUCAUAUUAUUUAAAAAAAAAAAUUAGGAGUACAAAUAUUUUCGAAAAUAAUAGAAUAUCUUGUAGCAAAAAUUUACAAAAUAGAAAAUUAUAACUUCUUUAAAUAUUUAAAACAAAAAAAAUUAAUAAUAAAUAAAAAUUAGUGAUUUACAAUGAUAAUUAAAAUAAAAAUAAAA